UGAACAGACGGGCUGCUCCUUUAAACGACGGCGAUUCCCCUCCAACCUGCGGCCCGGAGGACUCCGGACCGGCCCACGUCCCCCGGGCUGCUGCACCCGCUCGCCCGCUUUGGAACCCGGACCCAUCACGUGCGCGGCGUCCGCUCCGCGCAGCGUGGAGGCUGCGGAGACAUGGAUUCCCGACUCGUCACCGACUCCCAGACAGGUAACUGUUGGGGAAAAGAACUUGGAGCGUUCUAUGCUGCCCUCCCCUGGUGGGCUGCGAGGGCAUGAGACUGAGAGGGGGGCGGGACUCCAACCCUGAUUCUCACCCGGACCCGCUGCCUCCACGGCCUCCCGUCGCCUGGCUACCUGGGGUCCGGCUGCGUCUGCGCCUGGAGCGCCAUGACGACCGGGGGCGGGGCUGCUGGCACCUCGUGGAUUUGGAGGCGGAGUCUGAGCCACUUAACACCUGUACACAGAGUCUGAUGAGUGCCCCGUCUGUCGGCGCAGACAUGCAGACUCCCACCGUUGGCCUCCAGUUCAUAGCCGGGCCCCAGGGUAAGAUACCUGGCAGAAAGAGAGGGCGGCCUCCCAUCCGUAAGCUGGAGUUCCAGACCCACUAUGUGGAGGCUUUGUCUCCCCUCAAGGUCCCGAAGAAAAGAGGCAGGAAGCCCGGCUUUAAGCUGAAGCCCAGGAUGGUGAUGUCUCCACUGGCCAACUCUCCUCCCAGCAGCACACCAGAACCUGAGCUGGGCUCCAUCCCACAGGACGCUGCUAUAGUCCCUCACUCCGCCACCCCACAGGUCCUCACAGCUGAGACGCCAAUGCCCGACGACUUCCUGUGCGACCCGCCGGUCGACUCCAAGCGCUACGCCGUGGACCCCAGCGACUCCGCCUUCAACGUCAUGGCCUCCCAGUACCCGGCCAAGCACGCGUACGGCUACCGCGGCAGCAGCUGCUCCACCUCGGCGGGCGCGUGCAGGCAGGCGUCCAGUCCGGGCGGCUUCCAGGACGGACACAGAAACGGUUAUGGCUCGAUGCCGGACUCCGGCGAGUGCAAGCGUCCCGCCGACAAGGACCCGUCCAGCUGGGGGGUGGAGGAGGUGGUGUGGUUCAUCAAGGACGCGGACCCCCAGGCCCUCGGGCCCCACGCCGAGGCCUUCAGGAAGCACGAGAUCGACGGAGACGCUCUGCUCCUGCUGAAGAGCGAGAUGAUGAUGAAGUAUCUGGGGCUGAAGCUGGGGCCCGCGCUCAAGCUCUGCUACCACAUCGACAGGCUCCGGCAGAACCGCUUGUGAUGCGUCAACACCCUUUGGACUUCCUCCGCCGUCAGCAAUAGGUCAUUACUGCCUUUGGAUCAAGACGUGUACUUAAGUGUUUUUUUUCCCAGCAUCUGUACACUCUGAGACUAUUCACAACUCAAGCUAUUACUAUUUUCAUCCAACCUGAGGCUUUAGGUUCGGUGUCAUUCCACUCGGCAGCUGCUCCACAUUGAAUGGUGCAAAUCUUGAAGGCCUGUAAGGAUCUUUACAAACUUUUAUGAUGCUUUACCUCACUGUAUUUAAACUUACAGAGUUCCUAUUGCUGCUGUCUUGUAAGAUAAUCAGUUUUGUUUCAGACUACAGUAUAUCAUGUUGAUCCAGUGCUCAUCAUCUUCACUAAGCUGAUCAGCAAGCUACUGACCAUCUAAAGAAAAUCCUGACGUACAGUAUGAAUCAUUCAACCAGCGAUCCUCAGACCUUGAUAUUUUAUUUCACUUUGAUAAUGAAGCAUGUGGAACUAUUAGAAAUAACGUUCACACGCAGAAAACAGAAAGAAAGCGAUUUUUUAAGCAGUUUUACCACAAACCACAGCUCACAGCUCAGUGCUGAGAGAAUAAAUAGUGAGGAAGACGAGUGUAAAUCACAAAGCCCGUGUUAUCACAACAGGAAGAAAAGGCGACAGCAGCAGACGCUCGGGGGUUUUCAUCGUUUUCUCCUGAGCUGUUUACCAUCUGCCGCUUUUAAAAUGACAAACCUAUGGCGCCGCCUCGCUGGUUAAGUGUUGGAUCGUUGCAAAAUGGCGUGAGAGAAAGCAGCUUGUAGCAAAGUCAUACACCUUGGUGCUCAUUUAAACCUUUACUGCCACUACAGCCGCAACACUUACUGACACCGUGCACUGUCUCUGUGCAGCGGUUUACAUUUGUCCCAUGCAAAACAGUACCUCUACUGUGACUACUCUACUGAGUCAUGCUUUGUUCUGCGAAAUGGCAACAUAGUAUUUUCUCUUUCAAAUUGUAAAAAGGAUCAAACUAUUAAUUAAGUAUGUACUGAGCAUUAAUAGCAUUUUUGUGAUAUAAACCUGUACAGCCAGCGACAUAUUAAUGAUCCGCCUCCAACUGUAUGUGACACAUUUGUACAUUUCUGGUUAAAGAAAUGUUUUUUUUUAAUUGUACAACACUUGUUACUCUAAUGUUUGUGUUGCCUCAAAUUUAAAUUUGUAUGCCAAAAACCAGUGUGAUGAACAGCAUGUGUGUCUGUAUGUGUCUCUGUCGCUUUACUGAUUUGAAGUGAACACACUGGAAGAGUUCUGAUAUGAAUUUUCCAGAUACUGUAUUUUCCACAAACUGUAAUACUUCUAGACCAUAAUAAAUGAAUUUUUGCUCUCUGA